GGGACUCAAGGUCGUUCCUGAAGAGUGCGCUGCGUUGGAAAGUCGACAUUGCCAAGCGCGCCCGGCAGAAGGGAAGCCAAGGGGCGGGACUUCCGGUAGCACCGGAAGUGAGGGCGGAGUCUGGGCUGGCCGGGUUGCUCCGGGUCUUGUCACUUGCAAGAGAUACCAGGUGUCCUGUACUUUCCGCGGGGUCUCGGCUGUGCCGCGGGCGCUGGGAACUGUCGGUCUGCAGCGAAACAACCCGGGGCUGGGAACUGGGCAGUAGCCGGGCACGGCAGCGGCUUUGACAGGAGUGAUCAGGACAUUAUCUUUUUGAAGUAAUGCCCACAGAAAGUGGAAGUUGUUCAACUGCUCGCCAAGCAAAACAAAAACGCAAAUCACAUAGCCUUUCUAUACGAAGAACUAACAGCUCGGAACAGGAAAGGACAGGACUUCCAAGAGAAAUGUUAGAAGGACAGGAUUCUAAACUGCCUUCCUCGGUUCGUAGUACACUUCUGGAACUAUUUGGUCAAAUAGAAAGAGAAUUUGAAAACCUUUAUAUUGAAAACUUAGAAUUGCGUAGAGAAAUUGAUACUCUUAAUGAACGGUUAGCUGCUGAAGGACAAGCGAUUGAUGGGGCAGAACUGAGUAAGGGCCAACUCAAAACAAAAGCCAGUCAUAGUACCAGUCAGCUUUCUCAGAAAUUAAAGACCACGUACAAAGCUUCUACUAGCAAGAUUGUUUCCAGCUUUAAGACUACAACAUCAAGGGCAAUCUGCCAGCUUGUGAAGGAAUAUAUUGGUCACAGGGAUGGAAUCUGGGAUGUGAGUGUUGCAAGGACACAGCCAGUGGUGCUGGGAACUGCAUCUGCUGAUCACACGGCUUUGCUGUGGAGUAUAGAAACAGGAAAGUGCCUUGUCAAAUACACAGGUCAUGUUGGGUCAGUAAAUUCUAUAAAAUUUCAUCCGUCGGAGCAGUUGGCUCUCACUGCUUCUGGAGAUCAGACUGCUCAUAUUUGGAGAUAUGUGGUACAACUACCAACCCCUCAGCCAAUUGCAGAUACUAGUCAACAAAUAUCUGGAGAAGAUGAAAUAGAGUUUUCUGAUAAAGAUGAACCUGAGGUAGAUGGAGAUGUUUCCAGUGAUUGCCCUACCAUUCGAGUUCCCCUGACAUCUCUUAAAAGCCACCAAGGAGUGGUCAUAGCAGCUGAUUGGUUGGUUGGAGGAAAGCAGACAGUAACAGCCUCGUGGGAUAGAACAGCCAAUCUGUAUGAUGUCGAGACAUCUGAACUUGUUCAUUCUCUGACAGGACAUGACCAAGAAUUAACUCAUUGUUGCACACAUCCCAACCAGCGACUUGUGGUAACAUCAUCUCGAGACACGACUUUUCGUCUUUGGGAUUUCAGGGAUCCUUCAAUUCAUUCUGUGAAUGUUUUUCAGGGCCACACAGACACUGUCACGUCUGCUGUGUUUACUGUGGGAGAUAACGUUGUUUCAGGUAGUGAUGACCGUACUGUGAAAGUCUGGGAUUUAAAAAAUAUGAGAUCCCCAAUUGCAACCAUUCGUACAGACUCUGCCAUUAACAGGAUUAAUGUAUGUGUUGGCCAAAAAAUCAUUGCCCUUCCACAUGACAACCGACAAGUUAGAUUAUUUGAUAUGUCAGGAGUACGAUUAGCAAGGCUUCCUCGAAGCAAUAGACAGGGCCAUCGAAGAAUGGUAUGCUGCUCAGCUUGGAGUGAAGACCAUCCUAUAUGCAAUCUGUUUACUUGUGGGUUUGAUAGGCAAGCCAUUGGUUGGAAUAUCAACAUCCCUGCAUUGUUACAAGAAAAAUAAGAUACCCAAUAUUCCUUUGUUUUAUUGUUUGCCAUGGACCUUCAACUGGUGCAGACUUUUCUGCAUAUUAAUCUAUCAUUUUUGAGAGUUUGACCCUGGAAAAGAGGAUUUUAUAUAUGUUCUUCUCACAUUGUACCCAGCUGCAUGAAAUGUACAGAAAAUGUGUGAUCAUUUUUUUGUUGUUAUUUUUGUCUUGUAUAUGACCUUUUGUAUAUUGACAUUCUCUGGUCAGUAGAAAUGAAGUUCACUUCCCAUAUAGCACAUAAAUGCUCAUGUGUCAUUCAGCAUUUGACAGAUAAACACUAGGGCAUUACAUUUCUGUGAAUUAAAUGUGAAACCUUUGUACUUGUGAGAAAUCUGAUAGUCUGUUGCAUUUUCUGGAAUAAUUAAUACAUAUCUACCUUGUAUUGAAGAUUGCAAAGUUGAAUUUGAAUUGGAUAAUGAAUGGCAGUAAUGAUCAGAGAAUUUAUGUUUACUGCUGUAUGAAGUUUUAGCAUGUGCUGUAGUGUAAUUCACCUUCAACUCUUAUUUCUAUUGCAGUUCUGUAAAAAUAACCUGGAUUUUAGAAGUUAAAAAAAAAACAAAAACAGCGUAGAAUGUUGAGUUUGCAGCAUUCAGAGAGUUUCUUUUGAAAAGAAAGUUUUCUGAUCUUUUUAUAGAAAAUCAUUUCAAUGUCCUGAGGUCUCAUACUAGCAAAUUCUAAAGUAUACUGAUUCUAAUCACUGAAUAUAUUGAAGCAAAAUUUAAAGCACUUUAGUUUAUAGCUAUGGUUAUAAACAGUUUUAUAGAAGUUUCAAAUGACUUAUCCAUUGAAUGUGACUUGACCUUUGUAAGAAGGGCCUGCUACCUGAAAACAAAAUCUUAUUUAUUUUCUACACCUUUGGUUUGCAUGUUUCUAAAUGGGUUCACUUCCUUGGGGAUAUUUGAGAGCCAACAAUGCAAAUAAAUGAGUACUACCUCAAAAAUAAAUGUAUUUGGAAAACUU